AUAGUGUUGUGUUGUUGUGUGUGUUCAUAUUAUGUUGUGUACACACAGUGUACAGCAGUCAGCAGCAAAGAGUAUAGGUAUUUACAGCAGUAUAUUCAUUAUCUUGUGGUGGAUAACGUUUUAUUUAUCUUAUCAUUCCCAAUUCUAUUCACAUCUUGCCAAGUUUUGACAAUUAUUAAAGUACUUGGAUGUAGUUUUACUGUGUUAGUACAAUUAGACGUUAUACUCUGCCGCGUUUGUUCCGACUAUAAUAAGGUUAUAUCUCUGUUUUCACCUUUGAUCUUCAGCAUGGCUGCUUUAAAGCAAAGUAAGAAUAUUGGAAUGCUGUCCAUUUUAACUCCUAAAUAUCGCCCACAAAUAAAUUUAAGAAGAAACCUUAACCUCCAGGAAUAUCAUAGCAAGGACUUACUUCGAAAACAUCAAGUUUCUAUUCAAGAUUUUCGCGUUCUUGAUACGAGUUUGGAUACAAAAGUUUUGUCUGAUUUUAAGGCAAAUGAAUAUGUAAUAAAGGCACAGAUUUUAGCCGGCGGUAGGGGUAAAGGUCAUUUUGACAAUGGAUUCAAGGGAGGUGUUCAUCUUACGAAAAAUCCAAAGGAAAUUAUGGACCUAGCAAAGAAUAUGCUUGGACACAAGCUUAUUACAAAACAGACACCGAAGCAGGGUCUUCUGGUGGAUAAAGUGAUGGUGGCUGAGAGUGUUAAUAUCAAACGUGAAACAUAUUUGAGUAUUAUAAUGGAAAGGAGUUACAAUGGUGCUGCACUGGUAGCCUCACCAGCAGGAGGCAUGGACAUUGAGACUGUUGCUGAAGAAACCCCACACUUACUGAAAACAGUCCCAAUAGACAUUUAUGAAGGUGUCACAGACAAAGUAGCUAAUGAAAUAGCAGAGUUCUUACAGUUUAAAGGUCCUCUUAAGGAAAAGUGUGCUAAAGAAGUGCAGAAGUUAUGGCAAUUGUUUUUAAAGGUUGAUGCAACUCAAUUAGAAAUCAACCCAUUAGUAGAGACAGAUGAUGGUCGGGUAAUAGCUGUUGAUGCCAAAAUAAACUUUGAUGACAAUGCUGAGUUCCGGCAAAAGGACAUAUUUGCUCUUGAUGAUGUAUCAACAACAGACCCGAGAGAAAGGGAGGCGGCAGCUCUGAACCUCACUUACAUAGACAUGGAUGGAAGUAUCGGCUGCAUGGUGAACGGCGCCGGUUUGGCAAUGGCGACGAUGGACCUGAUCAACCUGAGCGGCGGCAAGCCUGCCAACUUCCUCGACCUGGGUGGUGGAGUCGGCCAGGCACAGGUCUCUGCUGCUCUAAGGAUACUAGAGUCAGAUCCUAAAGUGAAGACUAUCUUCGUCAAUGUUUUCGGAGGUAUUGUAAAUUGCGCGACGAUAGCGAAUGGUCUGGUUGCGGCGUGCAAGCAAAGCGCCCCAAAACUUCCCUUAGUAAUCAGACUUGAAGGAACCAAUGCUGGAGCCGCCAAGAAAAUACUAGAAGAAUCUGGUCUGCCUCUACACAUUGUCAAUGAUGCUGAUGAAGCUGCCAAGACAGCAGUGAAAUUAGCUCAAAGAGCUUGAACUCGUAUGAAAUAUUUUUUUUUUAUUUGUACAUACAAAUCUUUUGGUGCUAGCCAAUGUUUGAAUUGAAUGUAAUGAAUUGAAUUUACUUGCACAAUACAAUGACAAUAUUAACAAUGUAAUGCUCAUACUAACAGAAAAGUACGUAAAACCAAGACUGAGUUAGCUUUUAUGAAAUUAAUUUUGCUAACCAUGUUUUGUUGUUUUGUUUUGACAGUUGUUACGAAUUUAAUUUAUAAUCUAUAUCUUGCAAUUGAGUAUUUAUUUCAUUUUUGUUGCAAGUUUGUUUUUAGGUUUAAGACCUGUACAUGUAGAAUAAAGCAUGAAUGUUA